CUCCUUUCCCCUCCUCUCCUUAUCCUUCUCUCCUCCCCUCGCUGUGUCUCUCUGGCUCUCAGUCAGUCUCUCUCUUCCUCUCCUCUCCAAUGCAACUUUUGCAGAAACCCCUCAACACACACGCACACAGACAGACAUGUUGAGCUGAGAGAGCUUAGGGGGAUCGCUCGAGUCCCCCCUCCCCGGCCCCCCAAAAUCCCAAGUCUGGGGGGACCUCCAGCCACCCACAUCCCCCUCCCCACUUGACCUGUCCACUCUGUAUCGACCCCCCUCCCCUUUCCUCCCCCUGCUCCCCAUCUUCUUCUUCUUCUUCUUCUUCUUCUUCUUCUUCUUCUUCUUCUUCUUCUUCUUCUUUUUUUGGUGUUUGUUUUUGGCUUCUCUCUCUUUUUGCCGCCGCUGCUCCCGGUGUGUCUGCUUUAUGGAGGGCUCUAUGGGUAUUUUUUUCCCCUUGCCUCCCCCCUCGAUGAAUUAAGGCAGUGAUGCAGGAGGCUGCUGGCCGCUUCGGCUGUACGGAGAGACACAGGCUCAAGAUGGCAGAUUUCUAUUGAGUUUAAGGGGGGGGGGGGCUAGAAUCCUGCUUCAUUUUUCUUUCGUUGCAAUGAAUAACAGACAUUAUCGCACCGAUGGCCCCAAUGUACGAAGGUAUGGCCUCACAUGUGCAAGUUUUCUCCCCUCACACCCUUCAAUCAAGUGCCUUCUGUAGCGUGAAGAAACUGAAAGUGGAACCAAGUUCUAACUGGGAUAUGACUGGGUACGGCACACAUAGUAAAGUCUACAGCCAGAGCAAGAACGUGCAAUCCUCUCAAGCAGCUGCUGCCAUCAACGCCUCUCUCCAGAUCCCCAACCCCAGCAUCCCUUACGAGCAGACCAUCAUCUUCCCAGCCAGCACGGGGCACAUCGUGGUGACUUCCGCCAACAGCACCUCCGGUGUAGUUGCAGUAUCUGGGCAAGCACUGGGUGGACCACACAACCUGAUGCGUCGAAGCACUGUGAGCCUUUUGGACACCUACCAAAAAUGUGGACUUAAGCGCAAGAGUGAGGAAAUUGAGAACACAAGCAGCGUUCAGAUUAUCGAAGAGCAUCCACCAAUGAUUCAGAACAAUGCCAGUGGGGCCACAGUAGCCACCACAACCACGUCCACUGCCACAUCCAAAAACAGUGGCUCCAACAGCGAAGGGGAUUAUCAAUUGGUACAACAUGAAGUGCUGUGUUCUAUGACCAACACGUAUGAAGUAUUAGAAUUUCUUGGCCGUGGAACCUUUGGGCAAGUGGUCAAAUGCUGGAAACGUGGCACCAAUGAAAUUGUAGCUAUCAAGAUCCUUAAAAACCAUCCUUCUUAUGCCCGGCAAGGUCAGAUUGAAGUUAGCAUCCUGGCACGGUUAAGCACUGAAAGCGCAGAUGACUACAACUUUGUCAGAGCCUACGAAUGUUUCCAGCACAAGAACCACACCUGCCUGGUCUUUGAGAUGUUGGAACAGAACCUCUAUGAUUUCCUAAAGCAGAACAAGUUCAGCCCAUUGCCCCUUAAAUACAUCCGGCCAAUCUUGCAGCAGGUAGCUACAGCCCUAAUGAAAUUGAAAAGCCUGGGCUUGAUUCAUGCAGACCUCAAACCAGAAAACAUCAUGUUGGUGGAUCCAUCUCGGCAGCCGUACAGGGUCAAGGUCAUAGACUUUGGUUCUGCUAGCCACGUGUCGAAAGCUGUGUGCUCAACUUACCUUCAGUCCAGAUACUACAGAGCCCCUGAAAUCAUCCUUGGUUUACCCUUCUGCGAAGCGAUUGACAUGUGGUCUCUGGGAUGUGUCAUUGCAGAACUUUUCUUGGGCUGGCCGUUAUAUCCAGGAGCUUCAGAAUAUGAUCAGAUCAGAUAUAUUUCACAGACUCAGGGUUUGCCAGCGGAGUAUUUGCUGAGUGCUGGGACAAAGACAACGAGGUUUUUCAACAGGGAUACAGACUCGCCAUAUCCGCUGUGGAGGCUAAAGACACCGGAUGAUCAUGAGGCAGAGACGGGGAUCAAGUCAAAGGAAGCAAGAAAGUAUAUUUUCAAUUGUCUGGAUGAUAUGGCACAGGUGAACAUGACAACAGACUUGGAAGGAAGCGAUAUGUUGGUGGAAAAGGCAGACCGACGGGAGUUCAUAGAUCUGUUAAAGAAGAUGUUGACGAUAGACGCGGAUAAGAGGAUAACACCGAUUGAAACGCUCAACCACCCGUUUGUCACCAUGACACAUCUACUUGAUUUCCCCCAUAGCACACAUGUCAAGUCCUGUUUCCAGAACAUGGAGAUUUGCAAACGGCGGGUGAACAUGUACGACACAGUGAAUCAGAGCAAGACUCCAUUCAUCACCCAUGUAGCCCCAAGUACAUCCACCAAUCUCACCAUGACCUUCAACAACCAGCUCAAUACGGUUCAUAACCAGGCCACCAACCUGGCUCCCACCUCCACCACCAGUGCCACUAUUUCCUUAGCCAACCCUGAAGUCUCCAUACUAAACUACCAAUCUGCACUCUACCAGCCCUCGGCAGCAUCCAUGGCUGCGGUGGCCCAGAGGAGUGUCCCCCUCCAGACAGGAACCGCACAGAUCUGUGCUCGGCCUGACCCCUUCCAGCAAGCGCUCAUCGUCUGUCCUCCAGGCUUUCAAGGGCUGCAAACUUCCCCUUCAAAGCAUGCUGGGUAUUCUGUGCGGAUGGAGAAUGCUGUUCCAAUAGUCACUCAGGCUCCAGGGGCUCAGCCCCUUCAGAUCCAGCCAGGACUUCUAGCACAGCAAGCCUGGCCUAGUGGGACCCAGCAGAUCCUGCUUCCUCCAGCUUGGCAGCAACUGACUGGGGUAGCCACCCACACCUCCGUGCAGCAUGCAACUGUCAUCCCAGAAACCAUGGCAGGGACCCAGCCGCUGGCAGACUGGAGAAAUACACAUGCUCAUGGCAGCCAUUACAAUCCCAUCAUGCAACAGCCUGCACUUUUAGCAAGUCACGUCACCCUUCCAGCAGCCCAGCCCUUAAAUGUGGGUGUUGCUCACGUCAUGAGGCAACAACCAACCAGCACCACCUCCUCUAGGAAGAAUAAACAGCACCAAUCAUCAGCAAGAAACGUGUCCAACUUUGAGGUGUCCUCCUCGCAGACGAUCAGCUCCCCACAGCGGUCUAAGCGCGUCAAGGAGAACACCCCACCUCGCUGUGCCAUGGUGCAUAACAGCCCCGCCUGCAGCACCUCCGUCACAUGCGGGUGGGGUGAUGGGGCUUCCAGUACCACACGGGAGCGGCAGCGGCAGACAAUAGUCAUCCCUGACACGCCUAGCCCUGCAGUCAGUGUGAUCACGAUCAGCAGCGACACCGAUGAGGAGGAGGAGCAGAAACACGCACCCACCAGCCCCCUGUCUAAGCAAAGAAAAAAUGUCAUCAGCUGUGUCACUGUGCAUGAUUCCCCCUACUCGGAUUCCUCUGGCAACAACAGUCCCUAUGCAGUGCAGCACCGUGGAGGAAACAAUAAUGGAAACAACUACGAUACGAAAGGCGCACCGGACACACACUGCAAUGGCAAUCCUCGGACGAUCAUUGUGCCGCCGCUCAAAACACAGGCCAGCGAGGUGUUAGUAGAAUGUGAUCGUUUGGUUCCAGUCACCACCAGUCACCACUCAUCUGCCUACAAGUCAAAGUCCUCCAGCAUCGUGACCUCUACCAGCGGUCACUCUUCAGGGAGCUCGUCUGGAGCCAUUGCCUACAGGCAGCAGCGGCCAGGACCACAUUUCCAGCAGCAGCAGCCUCUUAAUCUCAGCCAGGCCCAGCAGCACAUCACGACAGAUCGCACAGGGAGUCACCGGCGACAGCAAGCCUACAUCACUCCAACGAUUGCUCAGGCGCCAUAUUCCUUCCCACACAACAGCCCCAGCCAUGGUACGGUCCACCCCCACCUGGCUGCGGCUGCGGCUGCUCACCUCCCCACUCAGCCCCACCUCUACACGUACACUGCCCCUGCUGCUCUGGGCUCCACGGGCACCGUGGCCCACUUGGUGGCUUCCCAAGGUUCAGCUCGCCAUGCUGUACAGCACACUACGUACCCAGCUAGCAUCGUCCACCAAGUCCCCGUCAGCAUGGGCCCCCGUGUCCUUCCAUCGCCCACCAUCCACCCGAGUCAGUAUCAGGCUCAGUUUGCUCACCAGACUUACAUCAGUGCAUCUCCAGCCUCAGUCUACACUGGAUACCCCCUGAGCCCCACCAAGGUCAACCAGUACCCUUACAUCUAAACACUGGAAUGAGAAAAAGACAUGGCACACACCGAGGGGAACGAGGCUGCUUUUAUACUGAAGAACGACCCCGGAACACAAAGAAGGCAACGGAAGGCUGAAACAAAACUUGAACCAAGGAGACUUUGAGGAAGAAGUGAGAGGGAAAAGAAGAGAAAAGGCAAUACCAGUUCUCCACUUUUUAUUUAAAAAAAGAAAAGAAAAGAAAAAAGAUAAAAAGAAUGAAAAACAAAAAUACAAAAAAACCAUUCUGCACCAAACUAGAUAGUGGGAGAAGCAGAAGGACCAUUGUUGUCUGGGUCCUGUUUUUGGAUAACUUCACCAAUAGACUUUUACAGAUUAUUUUCAUCUGAUUACAGGAGACUACAUUUAGGAAUUUGCUCUUCAAACCUCCUAAUACAAAGUUUCAUAGGUAUUUGGGUAUAUAUUUUUUAAUUAAACCAAGUAGCGUACAGAUUAGGGAUUUAUCCAGAAUUUCAAAAGGGUUAUUGCGUUGUGAUUGCACUGGUUGCUGUAACCCAAAAUAAAAAAAGAAAAGAAAAGUGUGAUGUGUUUUCUAUCAGGAGGAGAAUCAGAGAAUCAGGCCAAGGAGGAUAAGGGAUGCUCUGGAUUUCUCUGGCUCCCUCAUUCUCAGGCUUAGCAGCACUGGUAGGCUGGAAACACACACACUGAGCAGAAAACACCAUUGGGUGAAAUCAGGGGCAGCGGGGACCUUUGUUCUUCCUCUAAGCACCCUGGAUAAAUCCCUGAGAAAUGUUAUUCUUAAAAGAAAAGUCUUUAAUAAUGUACAAUAGACUCUCAUCUUCUUUACUUGGAAAUGCUUUUUCUUUCUUUGGAUAACCCCUAGCCAUUGGCAGUCCAAUCCCGACAUUCUCUGCUCCAGCAGAGAAGUGCAUACGAUGGGCUGUCCUGAUCGCGCAUCAUCACGGCUCUACGUCGUGCUCACAUUGCAGUGACAAUGCACCGAUGCUGCGAGCAGACACCCAGCCUCAGAUGUUGAGGAUUGGGCUGUUAGCGUAGGAGUAGACGUUCUAGCUGGCCCUUGGUAGAAUGUAGCACUAUACCAUACAUACACCCUUUUUUCUACUUUGUGUUAAACUUCAAUGAUACCAAUAGACUAUUCCUCAAUGUGAUUGCACAAAAAAAAGUGAUAUAACAUAGGCAUGUAACAAAUGUGAUUGUCCAGGUAUCUAUGUACGUGUGUGUGUGAGUGAGUGUGAGUGUGUGCGCAUGUGCGCGCUGAUGCUGCCUUCUCUUGUGGUGUGGUCCUCAGCACAGCCAUUACAAACUGUCACAGUCUUAGUUUUACAUCAUUCCCUUGUAGUGCCUUACCAAACUACAGUUGCGGUUUUAAGGGUUUACUUCCAUUGGUACUCCUCGAAACUGACUGAGGCUGGUUGGAAUUCAAUCUCAGCUCUUCUUUUUCUUCUUCUUCUCCUCAUGUUUCAUUAUCGUUGCUUUCCUUCUUCUAGACUUUUGUUUUCAUGUCGUCUUUUUGGGGUAAGUUGCAAGGGUCAAGGAAGGACCUGUGGAAUUUUGCUGUUAUGUAAAAAUGGGUGAGGCUGGGAGAGCUUUGUGGGGCUGGAAACGGCUGGGCUGGUUCUUAGGUCCUAAAGCAGCUUUCCAAGUUGUUCCAUUCUGCUGAUGGGGUUGGUGGGAUGCUCCGUUGUCUCUGUCAUUCUUGGCAGUGUUGUUCUUACUAACAGAAACAGAAGUCCCAGGCUUGCUUUGGAUCAGAAAUAUGUAGUACCUCAUGUUAAAUCCCUAUGUCUGGACUGGGGAUGUGGGAGAUGAUUACCUGGGAAGGACUGUUGUCAUUUGAAUGCUUUCAUUUGCAUGGGAACAGAACCAAGAGAGUGAGACGGAAUUCAUUCUAGAGCAUCAAACUCAGGUUUGCUCCAGAAGUUCUUCUGGAAAAGCACUUGCACUGGCACCUGAGCAGGUUGGGCAGUUCCUGAAGGACUGAGCACUACCUUGAAUGGGGCUAUGCCACCUUUGCUGGAGUCACAAACCCAAUUCCCAGCAGCAGAAGAUCAGUCACUUCCAGGUGGUGUGCUCUAAAGGUCCAUUGUCUGUGAAAUCUCCCUAGAUCUGAUUUGGAGAUACACCAUGAUGAUACCCUUCAUGGUUUAGAUCAGAGGUGGCCAACCUGAGGCUCUCCAGCUGUUGUUGGAGACUACAAUUCCCAUCAUUCCCAGCCACAAUUUAUUGCAGUUGGGGAUGAUGGAUGUUGUAGUCCAAAAAACAGCUGUAGAGCCUCAAGUUGGCCGCUCCUGGUCUGGAUGGUGCUUUCUUCACUUCCUCUCACCUCAUUCCUACUGUGGUAAAAGUCAGUGUUCAGAUUUGCUGGACUCUGUGUCCUCAGCCCCAAAUAGUCUGAGCUAUCUUUUUUUAAAAUAGGUUUCCAAAGAAAAGCUUUAGUACAAUGAAUAAGUUAAAGGGUUAGAGGGAACUCUUAACUGCUACACCAAUGCAAGUGGGCGCUUCUGCUGCGGCAGUGCUUAGUGUUUUCCUGUGGAGAUUUCCUUGUAUUGGUAUUCCGAGGCCUGUCAUGAAACAGGAUGUAUGCCUUGCAUACCCACUCGGUACCACUGCAGCUGUAUUUGUGACUUCAGAAAAGGAAUGUUUUAGGCAAAAUGGUAAGAUGUUGGGAUAUGGCAGGUCAAUUGGCUGAGAGAAGAAGGAGGGAGCCCAGGGUGGUUGAGGCAAAAGGUAAGUUGGCAAGAAAGACAGACAAGCACAGUUGUAAUAUCUGGAAGUGAGCACACAUACCUCACCUGGAAGAAGGAAGGGCUUCAUCCUUAACCAUGAAUACUUUGCUGGAUAAGCGGCUGACAUAUUAUACAAUAUUAUGCAUGCGGUCACAUCAUUGUGCAAGAGUGCUGUGGCGCAAGCACAAAAAUUGCGCAAAUAGAGGCACACAACAGUACAGCCAUUAUGUAUGAUGGCUGCAGUGUUGCGCAACUGCACAAUUUUUGCGUUUGCACAACCACGUGCUUGCAAAACUGCAUGAAUGUUACAUUUCAUCAAGAGCGUGAUGUGCAGUAUUUCAGCCAGUUGUUUUUUAUGGCAAACCCUGCAAUGAACUCUUUCUUUUUUGCCAGUUUCAAACUGAGCACCGUUUCUCCCCUAAACAUGGUAAUUUUCUGUUUCUCCCCUAAACAUGGUAAUGUAAAUACUAGCCUGAUCUUUCAUUGGUUUGUGCACCUUACAACUUGCAGUUCCCCCCUGUUCUCUCAGUGUAACAUACCGCAUUCUUUUCCUGUCCCAUCUCAUCUAGAAUGGAAGCUUCACGCUGCUUGUGUAAUUGAAAGGAAGGAUAUUUUGUUGUUGUUGCUCUAUUAUUGUUAAUUUUAAUAUGUAAUAAUUAUAUUUUUCUCUUGAUUUUAAUUGCACAUGCAUUCCUGCAUCGUUGUUGUUGUUUUCUCUUAAUAGUGUAUUGGUUGUUAAUUAAAUCGUUUUUCUGUGUCA